AUGCGUCUCCUCAGCUUGUCGUCGUUAGCCCUGCUACUGCUUCAGCUGUGCGGCUUGGAGGCCUCAACCAUGACGGCAGGUACUCCGGAGCACCUGGUCACAAUAGGUGGUAAAUGUGUGCGUCUAUUUCAUUCUGGCGGUAGCAUUGGUUGCCGCAGCCUCUCGAAUUCAGACAUAGCACCUCUGUAUCCAAUCAGAAGUUCUGCUGAGCUCCAGAGCUUCAUUUUAGGCUCAGCUGUCCAACAAAAAGCUCACUCAAAGUACGUCCUGGUGAUGGAUGAAGCUUUAAUGAGCUACGAUACUAUAGCUCCUGGAAUCGACCUUAUUGGAGGAAUCUUGCUGUAUCCAGGCUCGACCAACGCGUCAUUCGACGCCCCAAUGCCUCAAGGAAAUGGAACUGUAGAUGGAGCGCUAAAUCCAUUCGAAAGUGACGAUUUGCAGUGGAAUCCAACUGGUAAUGGGCUGCUUACUGAGUUACUUCCGUUUCCCAUCGUGAUGCUUGAGAAUUCCACAAUUGGAGCAGAGUUUACGAAACGCGGCCGAUUGAAUUUAAAAAACGCUGCAGGUCCAACAUACAAGGCUUUCAUGAAUUAUUACUUUGGACCAGAAAAAAUGAACUCGCUAAAAUGUUUAUCUUUCACUAACAUCUACGGAGACCGCAGUCCAAUGUGUGAUCCUAUUGGUGGACAGAGUUCGUGGGCUAUGAGAGGUAAUUUGGCGUCAAAGGAGAUUGUCAUGGCUAUGGCAGGGAUGGAUGCUACCGCUUUGUCCCCUGUCUUGGCUCCUGGGGCUAACACGGGUGCAUCAGGAAUUGUGGCUUUGCUAGCCGCGGCCCAUGCGCUUAAAGGUCUGCCAGAGUCAGCGUUCGAUAAAAAAGUCGUGUUUGCAGCCUUUCAAGCCGAGAAAUAUGGCUUUGUUGGCUCAAGAAAAUUUCUUUCGGAUCUGCAAAAAUUUACAAACGACCCCGAAGGUGCUUGCGCCUUCCCUGUUACUGGCUCGAAGUCACCUAUGGGCGCAAAUUUUUGCACUUCUCCGAUGCUUAGUAGCACAGAAUUUGCUAACUUGAAGCUCACCAAUAUUUUGUAUGCUAUUGCAGUUGAUCAGGUAGGCAUUCUACCGGAAUCUGGUAAUUUUACAUUGCAUGUGAACCCAUACGCGAACGACUCUAGCGAUCUUGUAGAUGCCGUUUUGAACGCCCCGUCAGCUGCUUCAGCUGUGGUCGAAGGCAGUACUGGGUCUCUACCACCUACCCCACUAACAGCAUUUGUAAAUGAGGCUGAGUAUGGUCGACGUGAGCUUGCUGGCGCUGUGCUAGCUGGGUAUGACGAAAGUUACACUUCAAAAAACACGUACAAUAGUCGACAUGACGAUUUAAGCGGCGUUAAUAUCGACGCGGUCGUACAAGCUGCUCAGGUUUUAGCGGAAAGUGUGUUCACACUUGCGUCAAGCAAUGCAACGGCUAGACAGCUGAGUGAAAUCACAGUGGACAAGUGGCUUGUAAAUUCAAUGCUCACAUGUAUCACGACUGACUGGAAUUGUGAUUUGAUGACAAAUUACUCGCAAUAUAUGGUGACGACAUUAAAAGAAUAUCUGAGUCUGACCGAGUCGGCAACGCCAUCGUAUUCUGAGCCCGCGACACUUUACUCAGGUCCACUGAAUCAUGACCGUUUAACUCUUGUGCUGCAAAAGAGUGAUGGUUCUCUGUACUCUCUUUUUAAUGGAUCGUGGUCGGAUAGUGAUUAUGCGGUGCGUUUGUUUCCCAAUGCGUACGAAAUUUUCACGCGCGCUUUUCUUGCGUCUGCCAUGGUGCCCAAUGCUACAGUAGACACGGCUCCUUCGUGCACAAAAACUCAAACAUGCAGUGAUGGUGGAAAUGGCAUCGAGUGUGUCUACCCUGGGGUUUGUGCCACAAAGAGAGCGUUUCAUCACGAAGCCAGCUCACCAGGAAUUCAGCGCACGUUUACAGCUCUACAGUUUGAUAUUGUGAAUUCAUCGAUGCCAAUUUGGGCAGAACCACAAUGGGCGACGGAUAUUGGCAGCUUUUCGUUUCCGGAUCCUGGCGCUUGGAUCGGUUGGAUUGCACUCGCUAUUGGUUUGGCUGUGUCAGCGCUUGGUUGUUGUGUGGCGUAUAUGGUGCUUAGAAGCGUGCAGAAGAUGAAACUAAUGUAG